CCGUUGCCACUUGCCAGAAUUUUUUGACAUUAUUUUUUUAUAAUUUGAAUAGUGUUUGGGCGUGUUACAUUCAUACAAUUAUUAUUGUUUAUUGCAAUUGAGUUCAUUUAAUUUUGAUAAUGGGUUCAAAAUCUAAAACUGGUCUAUUCGCACUUGGCUUUUAUGGGCUGGCUUCUUUAUUUAUAUUGAUAGCUUUCGUAAGUCCAUACUGGUUAGUUACGGAUGGUAAACUAAAAAACCCAAAAUUUCUUAAAAUAGGCUUAUGGCAAGUGUGUUUUAAUGGUUUUGAAGAAGUUCAUCAUUGGUAUGAUGUAUCUUUCAAAGGUUGCUGGUGGAUAUUUGAAGAGGAAUACUACAUAAUACAUGAUAUAUUGUUGCCAGGAUUUUUUAUAGCGACACAAUUCUUCUUUACCGUGUCUAUGUGCUGUGUUCUAAUAUCAGUUUUUCUAUCAUUUUCAUACAUUAGAAAAGACAAUGAUGAUGACAAUUAUGUUACUCUUUUGGUAACAUUUGGCACUAUUCUUGUUAUAGGUGGUUUCUCAGGAAUAAUAUCUGUUGUGACUUUUGGAGCUAGAGGCGAUGGACGCGACUGGAUGCCAAAUUGGGAACAUAAUGACUUGGGCUGGGCAUUCGCGCUUGGCUGUAUUGGUGUAAUAUUGCUGUUUCCAGCUGGCAUCCUCUUUUUAGUUGAAGCUAGGGUACGGAAAUACAAGAGAUUACACGAAAUGCAGAGUAGAGACCCAUCUUCUUACACCAUGCACGAGAGAAAAAUGGCAUACCCAGCACAUACUGACAUAUAAUUUUUCAAGUUUUAUUUAUGUCUUACCUGUCUAAUAACUUUUAUAAUUAAAUAAUGUGCUUUACAUAGUUCCGUCCAUUUUUAUGACUAUGACUAAAAUAUGAUUAAAUAGAAUCUCUGUUAAGAUAUUUCUUUUUUUUAUUAAGUAAGUAGGUAUUUAACUUUUUCACAAUUUUAAAAAGUUUAAUGUAAUUAGUAUAUAAGUAAUAAUUUUAAGUUAAAAGUAGUGUUUCUGUGUGUGAUGUGAUGAAAUAAAUGUUUAUACAUUUUUUA